UCCUACAUUCAUGGCGUAUUUAACGUUUCCGCCAUGUAGAUAUCCCGCACACCUAUAAACACGCUGAGUCUGAUAAACGAAGAAACAUUUAAAAACAUGAUUUCAGUCGCUGCUAUCGUUAGCCACCUAGCCUAGCCUAGCCUUAGCAUUAGUAUACCGGUUGCCUAACAACGGAGAGGAAGAGCGCAUUCCACGUAUCCUAGCAACGGAGAGGACGCGCAAACAGCUGAUGUGUGUUGUUUUUAAUGAGUUAAAGCUUUUAUUUAGUGUGAGCGGCAGCUGCUAGAGCUACUACUCAGCAUGGCGGAUGAUGGCAGACGGGGUGAAGAAGAGGAGAGAGGCCCUGGAGCUGUUCACCAGGUGUUUGUAGUGAUGGAGUGUCUGCUGGAGAAGUUAAAGGUGUUAAACUAUGAAGAAGAAGUGCUGAGCAAACACAACAUGAAGAACCUGUCCAGACAUUACUUCGUCUCCAGUCCAUAUUUGGCGUCUAACCCUGGCGAGCAGUUCUUCAUGUUCACCAUCAUCGCUGCGUGGCUCAUCAACACGGCGGGGCGGCCGUUCAGCGACCCACAGGAGUACGACGAGCCCAACGCCACCGUGUCCAACAUCCUGUCCGAGCUCAGAGCUUUCGGUGUUAAGGUGGACUUUGCGCCGUCCAAACUGAAAUCGGGCUGCGGUGAGCACGUCUGCUUCGUGUUGGACCGGCUGGCCGAGGAGGCGCUGAAGAGGAGAGGCUUCUCCUUCAGAAGGCCGAUCUACCCGCCAGAAUCCACAGAAGACGAGUCGAUGAUGGAGGACGACGCAGAGCUCACACUCAGCAAAGUAGAGGAGGAGAUGAUCGAGGAACCAGAUGACGAUGAGGAGAACGUGAUGGACCUCGAGGCCCUGAAGCUACGGACCUCUCAGUCUGUGGAAAUCGAUCCGUCCACCAAACCGGACGAGAUCAUGGAGUCGACGGUUGACGCGGCGGAGUGGAACCUGGAGGUGGAGCGAGUCCUGCCGCAGCUCAAAGUCACCAUCAGGACGGACAACAAGGACUGGAGAGUCCACGUGGAUCAGAUGCAUCAACACAGAGACGGGAUCAAGUCGUCACUUAAGGAGGCCAAGGGCUACCUGGACAAGCUGCAGGAGGACAUCGGAAAGACUCUGGAGAAGGUGAGCAGCAGAGAGAGAUACAUCAACAACCAGCUGGAGCUUCUGAUCCAGGAGUACCGCGGCGCUCAGGCCAAACUCAGCGAGGCUAAAGAGCGCUACCAGCAGGCCAGCGGAGGCGUGACUGAGAGGACCAGAGCCCUGGCAGAGAUCAGCGAGGAUCUGGACAAAGUGAAGCAGGAGAUGGAGGAGAAGGGCAGCAGCAUGUCUGACGGAGCUCCGGUGGUGAAGAUCAAGCAGAGUCUGACCAAACUGAAGCAGGAGAUCGUUCAGAUGGACGUGAGGAUCGGCGUGGUGGAGCACACGCUGCUGCAGGCCAAGCUCAAGGAGAAGUCCAACAUGACCCGGGACAUGCACGCCACCAACAUCCCCGAACCGGCCGCCGGAUCCUUCUCAUAGACUCGGCGGCAGCAGCAA